UUGUUACGCAUUCAGAACGAUGGCCACUUUACGAUUGCAUACAUGUUGUGCAACAUCACAACGAUUACGCUUAAUGGAUUAGAAGUAAAGCUUAGAGUUGGUGAAUCCCACGGCGAGAGAGAUUUAAAAAUCUCUACACUUACACACCGACCCAGUGCCGUGGCGACCGACAGGAAAUAAAUAAGUAUACAAACGAACGCACUGUGUCGGCGAAUCUCCAACAAACAGCUCCACAUACAGCCCUGCCAAAUCAACAAUAUGUGUGACAUGGUUAAGAAUUUGUAUGUACGCAAUACGGAUUAAAGAGAUUGAAAAAGAAGUUCACGGUUUGGCACAAGGCGUAACGAGGUGGAUAUAAGGAAAAUAGAACCUUGUCGAGGAAGAGUGCCGGAAACUUCAAAUUAACGAUGGAUCUACAAAUGCAUUUAUGUGAUAACGUGACGGGAUCGUUAAACAGGACUCCUAGUUUUAAAUUAAAAGUGUUUCGAAAAACUCUGGAGGAGAGGAAUUCAAAAGAGAAUGGAAAGAUUCGUCGACACACGCCCGUGGGGUCUGGGGAAUACAGCGUGGGGUGUUGGGACAUGAUGUGUGGAGGAGGCCCUGCAGAGAAAGGGUCAUUCUUCAGACUGUUUUACCCCGUCCAGAAAACAGACAUUUAUAAAAGAGACAAGCAGUGGCCUCUUUGGUUACCAAGGAAACAGUAUGGAGAAGGAUACGCAGACAUCGUUCUUAAAAAUCCGAAAAUAAAAGUUGUUGGCAAAAUAUUCAAUUGGAUGGGAGGAGAUGUAUAUGUUCCCGCUCUUUGGCAGGGCCCCCUAUGCCCCUCUAACACCCAGUUUCCGGUAGUCAUAUUUUCGCAUGGUCUUGGCGGAAACCGGACGACGAACACAACCAUUUGCUGUGAACUGGCUUCCCAAGGCUUUAUUGUAGCAUCUAUGGAACACCGCGACGGUUCGGCAUCUAUGACAUAUCACUUAACAGAACAAGUCCACAAACACAACGUCACAACCACUGGAGAGUCGAACACCCGACCACACAAUCGACAUGCAAUCCAUCGGACACACUUGUAUUCAGAGGAAUGGAAACCUUUUGAGUGGUUCGAACCUUGGGAUGAUUUUACUUACAGAAACAAACAGGUUCAUCACCGCGCUAAUGAGGUAAUUCAAGUUUUAGACAUGCUCACUUUGCUGCACGAGGGGAAAGAGGUGCAUAAUUCCAUGAGAACCCACUUCACAACCAAACAGUUUAUGAACCGUUUUGACCUGUCCAGGGUCGUGGUGAUGGGCCACUCUUUCGGUGGUGCUACAACAUUAUGUACAUUGUCCAGAGAUAAAAGAUUUCGGCUGGGCGUGGUUCUGGAUGGCUGGAUGCAUCCAUUGGAUGAGCAGGUGUAUGACAGCAUCAGUCAGCCGGUUCUUAUGGUUAACAUGGAGUCAUUCCAGUGGAAAACAAACGUGGAGCAGAUGAUGAAAUUGAUGACAGACGACAAAGAGAAGCGAAGCAUGAUCACCAUUAGGGGCACCUGUCACCAGAGCGUCACAGACUUCCAGUUCCUGGUAAACAAGGCAGUGGGGCGUGUGCUUGAUGUUCGGUACACACUCUCUCCAAAAAUUGCUAUGUCUCUUACAAACAAAGCCUCUCUGGGAUUCAUCCGCAAACACUUAGGUUUACAGGGUAAAGAUACGCACGAGGACGUUCUGUCUGGUGACCAUGACCUCAUCAUAAAGGGUACCAAUGUCGAUAUGUCAUAGGUCAAGUUCCGAGGCGAGGGUCUUCCACGUCACUCUGACGUCACAAUUACGUCUUUCUAGUUUAAGAUUUGCCAAAAUUGUUGUAUAAACUGUGUUCAAGCUGAAUCUGUGAUAUAACUCUGUUGUGCUUUCACUGUUAAGAAUCUCUUAGGAUUUAUAUUGAUAUUCUAUUACCUUGUGUCCACCGCGAGGCAAGUGAAGAUUGCCACGGUGAGCCAGUCUUAUCCCAGUGUCCCUAAUCUCUGUACACAGCGUCCCAAAUUCUGUUACAGAAACACAUGGUGCUCCUUACUGUUUUGUGAUUGAAACUUUCGUAUUUGUAUAACUGUAACAUGAUGUAAUUUAUUUUGCGGUAUCUCAUACAUGUUAUUUAUUAUUGAUAUUUCUAUUUCAACGUCAUAUAUGUGAGACAGACUUGCAUUUUUAGUACCGUCAUAUAUUUUAUAUUUGAUAAUUUUGGAAUUGAUUUAUUAAUAAAAGCUUUCUGCACA